AGUUACUGCAGAAACCACUGUGAUAUAUGAUUAUAUAUAUAUAAAUAACAUAAUGUCACAAAAUACAGUUUGUCUGGACACGGAACUAAGAAAAUUGAGACCUGCAGAACUGUAUAUGCUUGGGCAAAUAUUGAAUAUAUCUGAUUCGUGGAAAAAAUUAAUGGCUAUUGUGCCAAAAGGAGAAAACUGUGCUCUUCCUAAAUUUAAUGCAGAACAUUUCGGUAUGAUUGAGCAAGCUGCACAGCAACAGCGAAGAAAUGCAGCAGAAAUAUUUUUAGCGGAAUGGGGAACGAUGGGCAAGAAAAGACCAACAUUACACACUUUAUUGAACCUUUUGGUAAAAGCCGAAUUAUUCAGAGCAGCUGAUUAUGUAGCAGGAAACAUAUUAAAAGAUGAACUUCCAAAACGACCAGAAUAUGGACCAGCAGCACCUGUAGAUAUAUCAGAAGAAGAGAUAAGAAAAUUAUUAGAAGAAAAAGUAGGUCCACAAGACAACACUGACUUCAGUGAAUCUCUAAUAUUUAGAUUACCUUCUGACACCAAUGAUAACAAGAUGGUUAAUUCUAAUGUAAAGGAAAAUAUACUGAAUGAUAAUUCUUUGGAAGGAAAAAUGCAGUCCACAAAACUAGUUUCUAUAAGCAAGAAACAUAAUAAACCGUGUUUAGAAAACAUUGAAAAUCAACAAUCUGUAAAAGUUGAAAUGUCUGACUUAAUGAAAUUCAAUAGUGAAUAUAGUACAGAGGAGUGUAGAGAAUGUAUUUUGAAGAAACAGGAACUAUCAACUUGCGAGUUACCUUUAUUUUUAAAUGAAUUUGGACACACUGUGGAACAAGCGAAAUUAAUCCAAGAAAUGGUGUCAAAUGAACUUCCAGCCUUUUUGAACAAUAGCAUGGCUACAUUCAGUAAUAGUUUACAAAAGAAUUCUAUGAAUAAUUCAUCCUGUGUAUGUACUCUAAAUAUAAAAGAAAAUGAAGUAGCAUCUGCAGAAUUGCCUCAGUGUAUCGUUGAACUUGGUGCAGAUUCUGCUACUAACCCAAGUAGUAAUGUUUUCAAUGAGCAAAAAAAUAUAACACAAGAUGCACUGGAUUCGCAAGAAUUACCUAUCACAGUUUUGGAAUACAAUGAACAACAUAAUUCAUAG